AUGAAGAAAUUCAGAAUGCAUGAUAUCUUACGUGAAUUGGCACUUGAUUUAUGCCAGAAGGACUGUUUUGGUGUUACAUAUGAGGAUAAAUAUGGUGAGUCUCUUCAGAUGGAUGGACGUCGAUUGGUGUUGCACAAACUACAGAGGGAUAUUCAGCAGCCAAUUUCUAGUAUACACCGAUUUCGAACUGUCAUUACACUGGACGAUAGCAUGCCAUCAUUUACUCUACUACCUCUGCUGUGUAAUAAGUCAAGAUAUAUGGCAGUGCUAGAAUUAAGUGGUCUACCCAUAAAGAUGAUUCCAGAUGCUAUUGGAGAUCUUUUUAAUCUCCGCCAUUUGGGCUUGCGUAAUUCAGAAGUGAAGAUGCUCCCGAAGACUGUUGAGAAGCUUUAUAAUUUGUUGACACUCGACCUUCAUGGAUGUGACAUACAGGAGUUGCCUAGUGGGAUUGUGAAACUGAAGAAGCUUAGGCAUUUAUUUGUUGAGAAUUUCUUUUAUGUUGAUAGGAGAGAGAUUCAGUGUUGCACUGCUAUGCGUAUCCCUAAUGGUCUUGGAAAUCUAACACAUCUGCAAACACUACAAGCAUUGGAAGCACAGGAUGAGUCUGUUAGACAUUUAGGGGAACUGAGGCAACUGAGAAGCUUAAGGUUAUGGAAUGUGAAGGGAAUUUACUGUGGAAGAAUCAGCGAAUCUCUAAUUCGGAUGCAGUAUUUGUCGUACCUUGAUGUGAAUGCAUGUGAUGAGAACGAGGUUCUAUUGUUGAAUGCUCUCAUGCCGAAUCUGCAAAAGCUAUGUUUGACUGGACGAUUAGCAGAAGGGGCGUUAGACGAAUCUCCCCUCUUCCAAACUUUUGGGGGGCAGAACUUGUGUUCAUUGGCGCUAUCAUGGUCACACCUCAGAGAAGACCCCCUUCCAUCCCUUUCUCGUUUGUCAAACUUGACGCGUCUACAAUUCACCAGAGCAUACAACGGACAACAGUUGGCAUUUCUCACGGGGUGGUUUCCCAAGCUAAAGAUUCUCUCUCUAAGAGACCUGACUAAUCUGAGUCGGCUAGAGAUACAACAAGGUGCCAUGGCGAGCCUAGAAAAAUUAGCACUGGUCAACCUCAAUAGCAUGACGGAGGUCCCACCUGGCAUUGAGUUCCUCACGCCUCUCCGGUUUUUAGGCUUCCUUGAAAUCACUGGUGAUUUCUUGAUGUUGUUGCGCCAAUGUUCUGCAAUUCAAUGGACACAGUGGCAGUAUUCUCUCCGAGACUGA